AUGGAAAUGGACGACCCGAUCUUGGAUAUACUCGAGACUGCACUUGACCUGUCAGAGAUGGUGGAUAUGGACGGUGAUCGGGAUCAAUUCGCAGAAGAUAUUGAGCUUUAUGCUCCUGGGUAUCUUGAAAUGGAGGCCAUGGGUCGUGCAGAGGAAUAUGAUGUUGCGAGGCUAAGGGAUGGAGAAGAAGCGGCCGAAAUUUACCGUCAGCGAGAUUGA